GCUCCUUUGUCCCUCUAGGCUCUGAUAUGGGUGCAGGUGACAAAUGAGCUGAAGAAAUGAUCCGCAGAGGAAUAGGUUUGUGGCUGCCUUCAGCUCUGCUCCUCUCUCAGGUCCCAGGCUGUGUCCCUCUGCAUGGCCCCAGCAGUGUGACAGGUACUGUGGGGGAGUCCCUGAGCGUGACUUGUCAGUAUGCGGAAAGACUCAAGAUGAAUAAGAAAUACUGGUGCAGAGGGUCACUUACUCUACAUUGUGAAGAUAUUGUCAAGACUGGAGGCUCAGAAGAAUCUAGGGAUGGCCGAGUGUCCAUCAGGGACGAUCCAGACAACCUCACCUUCACAGUGACUUUGCAGAGCCUCACCCUGGAGGAUGCAGGCACCUACAUGUGUGCGGUGGAUAUACCAUUUACUGAUCGCCCCUUGGGGAUUGAUAAGUUCUUCAAGGUUGAAUUGUCUGUGGUCCCAGGUUCAAGCCUUUGGAGCAGUACAACAGUCCCAGAGACCAUCAGAUCCUCACUGGUGUAUACUCAGCCCAGUGUGACCACAGAAGACACAAUUACUGCUCCCAGCCCACGGCCUCGGUCCCUUCUGGGCAGCCUCUACUUCUGCAUCCUGGUGUUUCUGGAGUUGCCCCUGGUCCUGUGCAUGCUCUGUGCUGUCCUAUGGGUGAACAGGCCUCAGAGGUGCUGUGGGUGACACAGCAUUGGGCCCUGUCAAGAGUAACAGUGAAGUCUGUUGACAUGGAGGCCAUGUCCCUGGAUGCAUCACCUCUGGUGGCAGAGGACAACCAGUAAACCUGUGUUCUUGAGAA